AUUAAGGGCUAGUGUGUAAACAGCCUUAACCAGAAUCCAUCUUUUAUGGACAAUUGGAAGGUUUUAUAGGCAACUGAUCAAAAUGGACAAAGUCUAUUUGGAAGUAUACUCUUUGGCAGAAAUAUGCAUAGCACCCAUAGAAACCAUAGUGGCUUUAUUCACUGUAAAGUAUUGCGACUCUAAGAUUAAUAUUAAACUCGUCCUUAGUAAACAGAAGCCUCUCGAACGAGCAUACAGAAUAGAUAUUUCCACUUUUGUAUACGAAGUUAUGGAUGCAAAUAAAAUCCCUUACUCUGCGAGUUCGUGCGAGCUGCCGAUCAUUGUUGUGAAUAAGGCAAGCUGUAUCGCUGGCCUCUGCGCGAUCCUGCGACAAAUAAUCAAAGAUGUCACGGCCGAACAUCCAAAGCAUCAUUGCCGAAAGUUACUGGGAUUCAAAGACUCGUAUCUAACGGCUUGCUCCGAAGCAAGUGUAUGGACAAAAUUCUGCGAGGUAGAUCUGAUUCAGACGAUGAAAUUUUUGUACGCAGAUAACACGAUACGCAACGAACUGCCUUCCAACAUGGCCAGGUUUGAAUGCCAUAUGUCGCAACCUGUCAGAUUGCACAAUUUGUACAAGUACACCAUGUCUAAAAAGUUCCUCGAUGAAAACGCAAUCUCGCGAGACGAAAUGCAUUUGUCGGAACAUACGUACGCCGAGGGUUCGUACGUUACCCUGGCUGAUAUAAUUAUAUUUGUCUGCAUGCAUAACCUACUAACCGUAUUCUCGAGCGAGUCGACGCUGCAGUUACUUCCGUUAACCGCUAAAUGGUACAAGAAAAUGAUCGAGGAUCAAACCAUCGUCGACUGUUUGGAAUGUCUGCCGGUGUUAAAACGCGAAAAUUCGAACGGGCUCGUUUAUACUCUUCCUCAAGUAGCGAAUCAAAGUUUGUACAAGAGUGAUCCCAAAAGAUACAAACCAAGAAGCCGUAUUUUCACGAAGCAAGACGAUGUAGAGCAAUCGUUGGGAUUGUUUAAGAGAUUAAAUAUAGAAACGCGGCUCGAGCAGGAGCCUUUUGCCGCGGAAUUGUUGUUAGACUGGUCCACGGUACCGUUCCACGCCACUCCGGAAGGUGGUUCCCUGCCAUCAGCGAGACUAAAGAGAAAACAAGAACAAUUGGAGAACAUGUGCAAGCCUGUAAUGAAACUAGCGAGAGCUGGAGAUGUAAUAGUAGACUUCUGUUCCGGUAGCGGUCAUUUGGGCAUUCUACUAGCAUACAUGUUACCGUAUUGCACCAUUACAUUGCUAGAGAACAAAGAAGAAUCGUUGAACAGAGCCAAAGAGCGGGUGAAAAAGAUGAGCUUGACGAACAUAAACUUUUAUCAGUGCAACUUAGACUAUUUUAAGGGAGAUUUUGAUAUUGGUUUAUCGCUGCACGCGUGCGGCGUCGCGACUGAUCUAGUUAUACAACAGUGCAUCAGGAGGCGGGCAAAUUUCGUCUGUUGCCCGUGCUGUUACGGUUCGUUGCACGAUUGCCAUCACCUCACGUACCCAAGGAGCAACGUUUUCAAGAAGGGCAUGAGCCGGGAAAAUUACAUGGUCCUCAGUCACGCCGCCGAUCAGACACACGACGAGAAAAAUGUGAAAACAAAGCAGGGAUACGAGUGCAUGGCGAUCGUGGACACCGAUAGAAAGAUCCUGGCCGAGCAAUUCGGGUACAGGGUGUAUCUCUCGAAAUUCAUACCCAUGACAUGUACCCCGAAAAAUCACAUACUAGUGGGAAUCCCUAGAAAAGAAAUCACGAACGCAGAGUGUGUAAGUUAAUUAUGUUGCAUUUCCACGAAUUUAUGUGUGUUUCUCUAAUGAUCUUGUACAAUGGAAAAAGAAUUGGGUACUAUUCUUGUUAUAUCGAACCGAAUGACUCUUGCGAAUAAAAUUUACUUAC